AUGAACACUCUUUCUCCGAUGCAAAAGGAAUCAAACAACAUUCAUCAGCCCAACAUGAAAAAAAUUUGUGAAGUUUGUGGUGAUUUUGGUAUUCAAGAAGCAAUUAUUACAUGCUAUCAGUGUAAGAAUGUUGAUGUGCACCAAUAUUGUGUUGUGGGCUAUUGGGAAAAUGCACCAGUGGAUUGGCGUUGUGAAGAAUGUGAUAUUCGCAAGGGGGUAAUGUUUUCACUGCAUGGACUAGAAAAUGAGCGUUUUAAGGGACCCAAGUCACAUGCCUCUACAAAAAUUUGUCAGAGUACUGUACAACCAAAGAAACAUAGUAAGUUUCCUCGGAGGCAACAUAUUAACUGGGAAAAGGAGGUACAAACUGGAAAAACAAGAUAUCUACCGGUUGAAGAAGCACUUGGUUUGCCAUCACGUAUCAAGAAAUAUGGAUCUGCACCGAUAAAUACUAUCUCCUCAAGAGUUGUGUCAGUCAAAUCCCGAAAAUUUAGCAAGCCUAAAGGUCCGGGUGCCUCUACCAUUCUUGAGCAUAGGACUCGCGAUGUUGUUAACGAGAGUCGCAUGAUGAAUUCACCUAUGACACACCCUUGUGAUCCUGCUCUAGUUCCUUCCUGGAAGGGAAGUUUUGACAUCUUAGGUGCUCUAGAACUUGCACCUGGGAUAUUCCAGGCUCAUCCUCCUUGCAGAGUUAGUCGUAAAGUGUAUGAGUUCUUGGGACUAUUGCCCGAUACUCUUAAACUUGAACUAGUUCCGCGUGGGGAUAUCUGGCCAAGUUUAUUCGACAAUCAUUGUCCGGGUAAAAAAGACAUUGGACUGUAUUUCUUCGAAAGUGAGAAAAAAAGAUUUGAGGGAUAUAUCGCUUUGGUGGAGUUCAUGCGCAACAAGGAUUUGGUGAUGACAACUCUUAUCAAUGAUGUUGAGUUGAUCAUACUUGCAUCCACAGCCUUGUGCAGUGAUUCUCAAAGAUGGAACAACGAGCAUUUCCUGUGGGGAUUAUUUUACCGCUCGAGACUGGAUACAGACAAACGUGCUGAAGGGGGAAGCCGUGAUAUCUGA